AUGCUUACCACCUCCCUCCUGCCAUUGCUCUUCGUGGGCACAGUAUACGCCAAUAUCGAAUACACUCCCCAAGUGUCAGAAUGUCCGGGAACUCCUUUAGUACGGGCUGCCGAUGGUCUGUCGGAUAGCGAGGAGGCUUACAGAGUAACGAGGAAAGCCAUUGCUGACGAGGCUUUGAAGUCAUGGCUGAUGAAGACCAACCCGGAAUUCGGUACUGCUGAGCUUCCAACUGUUGCCUUGACCACCAGCGGCGGUGGCUACCGGUCACUACUCUCUGGAGCUGGUGUCAUCAAAGCACUUGACGGCCGAGAAGAAAGCGGCUUAGGCACCAGUGGCCUGUACCAGGCUCUUACUUAUCAAGCUGGACUCUCUGGUGGUGGAUGGCUCCUCUCCUCUAUGGCUGGAAACAACUACCCAACCAUCAGCUACCUCACGGAGAAGCUUUGGAAGCCAGAGUUCCAGGAUCUGUUGGUCCUGCCGGCAGACAUCUUUUCUCUAUUUACCUAUUCCGAAAUCAUGUCGGAAAUCGACCGGAAAGAGCAUGCUGGGUUCGAUACCACGCUCAUCGAUAUUUGGGGACGUCUGCUAUCCUAUCAGCUUUUGGAAGGACCAGAGGGUGGUAUUGAGAGAACACUCUCGUCUGUUGCUACUCUGUCGAACUUUGUCUCUCACAAUGUCCCAUUCCCAAUCAUCACUGCAUUGGGAUUGAAGACAUGGGAGGGAGAACGCGUCCCGGCACGUGACGCAACCACCUACGAAUUCACCCCAUUCGAAUUCGGCAGCUGGGGAAAGGAACUCUCGGCCUUCACUCCCACCAAGUAUCUUGGAACGAAGAUGCAAGGGGGUCAGCCAACCGGUAGCUGUACUACCAACUUCGACAAUCUAGGCUACGUCCUCGGGACUUCCUCAAGUAUAUUCUGUGCAAUCUACGGCCUGGAUCCAGCACAGAGCAAGUCGAGCAAGCCGCGCAGGUUGAGCAGGUCGAGCAAGUGGAGCAGGUCGAGCAUUUUGAACUCGAGUCUGGGCAAAAAAGUCGCUGCUCUCCUCGGCAAAGUUGAUUUGAUCACGCCUGCGGAUCUAUCCGCCACUUACCCAAACCCAUUCUAUAAGUACACUUCAGCGGAAGCUGCGCCAGAUAGCGCCAAAGAUAUUUCGGCACAGGCAAGCUUGAGCUUGGUGGAUGGAGGUCUGAGUGAGCAGAACAAUCCCAUCUUCCCUCUUCUCCAGCCCAGCCGCAACGUGUCGGUCAUCCUGGUCAACGACAACUCGGCUGAUACGGACGCCAAAUAUCCCAACGGCUCCCAUAUCGAGAGGACCUACCAGCAAUCAGCCCGCGCUGGUCUCACUCGCAUGCCCUUCAUCCCAUCACCCGCGACGUUCGUCGCCAAAGGCCUGAACAUCAACGCGACGUUCUUCGGAUGCGACGACCCUGAUAAGGUCACCAUCGUCUAUCUCCCCAACGCGAAAUGGAGCUACGAAUCCGGAUUGGAAACGCUGCGGAUGUCGCACCCCAAGAAAAUGACGGAGGCGAUGAUCAAGAACGGUCAGGACAUUGCCACGCAGGGCGGAGACCCGGAGUGGCCCACUUGCCUGGGAUGUGCGAUGAUGAUGAAGACUGGUGCGGCUCUUCCGACAGCUUGCACGGCGUGCUUUGCGAAGCACUGUUACUAUGAGAGUGGAAGCCCUCAGAGUGCAAAGAACCAGACGGCGAGUUGA